CGGGGGUCGGGGUGGAUGGCGGCGUCGCUGGCGGCUGCUUCCGGGCCGGGCUCGGGGCGCGAUGCUGUCGCUGGCGCCGGGCCUGGGGCUGCUGGCGUGGCGGGCGUGGUGGGGGCGGCGGCGGGGGCAUGAGCCAGCGGCGGCCGGGCGGGAGAGCCGCGGCGCCAUGGAGCAGGAGCGGGCGCUGGAGGUCUACGACCUCAUCCGCACGAUCCGCGACCCGGAGAAGCCGAACACCCUGGAGGAGCUGGACGUGGUGAGCGAGGGCGGCGUGGACGUGCAGGAGACCCGCCCGGAGGAGUUCCUGGUCACCAUCCGCUUCACGCCCACCGUCCCGCACUGCUCUCUGGCCACCCUCAUCGGGCUGUGUUUGCGGAUCAAGCUUCAGAGAUGUUUGCCUUUUAAACACAAGCUGGAAAUCUACAUAUCGGAGGGAAUGCAUUCCACUGAGAUGGACAGUAAGUGUUCCUUCAGUCUGUGUUUCGGAACAGUCCGACCCUUUGAUGUUCAUGCAGCAAAUGCUGCACUUGGGCUUUUGCUAGUGUGGAAAAUACCUGGGGCAGACACGGCUGCGCUUUAAUAAGUCCACACACUUUUUAUGAUUUCAUAUGUUCAUGUCCUCAGCCACUUAUGGGGUAUGGCUGGCGUGGUGAAAUUAAAUCAUCCUCACAAAUAAAUUUAGAAAUAAAUUUAGAAUUUUGAACAAAUAAAUUUAAAAAUCUCUUUUAUGGGGAGGGGGAUCUCAUUUUAGCCUUUAAAGAAAACUUUAAAUAAUCCAGUUGCUCUGGGAUCCCAAAUUAAAAUUGAGGGGGGGGGGGAUUUAUUUUUUAUCUUAAUGUAACUUUAAAGGGAACACAAACCCCCAAAACUGCAAAAUUAUCCCAAUUGCUGAGGAGCCUGUCUGUUAAUUAAAUUCUAACUAAUCAGACAAGCUGUUCGCCUGAGCAUCUGUGCCCUGCCGCAGAGUUCAGGCCUCUGUGGGUGAACUUCACGGAUUGACUUCAAGCAGCCUUUCAUAAACUUAGACAAAUUUAAUACAAACCCAGUUUUCUUUGAAGCGAGAUAGCUGAACCUUGCUACGGCCUUGGCAAGCCCUCAGUUUGAGAAAGAAGGGAUCAUACUGAUGAGAUUCAGAUAACUGAGCUUUUACCUUAACACAGGGAGCAGCAGAGAUCUCUUUGGAAGGCUUUGCUCGGGCUUCUGGUGUGUCAAGAUCUGAGUGGGUGGACUUGCCAUCACUUUCUAGGCCAGGG